UUUUCAGACAAAAGUCUGCAGUGUAAGAAAACGCCCAGAUUUUACUGCCACUGGCCAGUGGGAGGUAGUCACUCUGCGCGAAGGGAAGCAAGAGUCAGCCAUCUUUGAUGCUGUCAUGGUCUGCACUGGUUAUCUUACUAAUCCGUAUUUACCACUGGACUCCUUUCCAGGUAUAAAUACUUUUAAAGGCCAGUAUUUCCACAGCCGAGAGUAUAAACAUCCAGAUAUAUUUAGGGACAAGAGCGUUCUUGUUAUUGGAAUGGGAAAUUCUGGCACAGACAUUGCUGUGGAGGCCAGCCACCUGGCAAAGAAGGUGUUCCUCAGCACCACCGGAGGGGCAUGGGUGAUCAGCCGGGUCUUUGACUCAGGGUACCCAUGGGACAUGGUUUUCCCGACACGAUUUCAGAACACAUUCAUAAAUUCUCUUCCAACUCCAAUUGUGAAUUGGUUGAUAGCGAAAAGGAUGAACAGCCGGUUCAAUCAUGCAAAUUAUGGCUUAAUACCAGAAGACAGGGUACAACUAAGAGAGCCUGUGCUAAAUGACGAGCUCCCAGGCCGUAUCAUCACUGGGAAGGUACUCAUCAAGCCAAGCGUUAAGGAAGUGAAGGAACACUCUGUCGUAUUUAACAACACCCCAAAGGAAGAGCCCAUCGAUAUCAUUGUUUUUGCCACUGGAUACACUUUUGAUUUCCCCUUCCUUGACGAGACUGUAGUGAAAGUCGAAGAUGGCCAGGCAUCGCUGUACAAGUACAUCUUUCCUGCACAUCUACCCAAGCCAACCCUGGCUGUCAUUGGUCUCAUCAAACCCUUGGGCUCCCUACUACCCACAGGGGAUACACAAGCUCGAUGGGCUGUUCGGGUCCUGAAAGGUGUGAUUAAGUUACCACCAUCAAGCAUCAUGAUUGAGGAAGUUAAUGAAAGAAAGAAAAAUAAGCCCAGUGGGUUUGGCUUGUGUUACUGCAAAGCUUUGCAAACCGAUUAUAUCACAUAUGUAGAUGAACUCCUGACCGCUAUCAAUGCAAAGCCCAACCUGUUCUCUCUGCUCCUGACGGAUCCACGCCUGGCUUUGGCCAUCUUCUUUGGCCCAUGCACACCAUACCAGUUCCGUUUGACUGGUCCGGGGAAAUGGGAAGGAGCCCGAAAUGCUAUCAUGACCCAGUGGGACCGAACAUUCAAGGCCACCAAAACUCGAAUUGUACAAGAAUCCCCAUCUCUCUUUGCAAGCUUACUUAAACUCUUCAGCUUUCUAGCUUUGCUUGUGGCCAUUUUCCUGAUUUUCCUAUAAAUAAAAAAUUACCUAAAUAAACUAUCAAAUGCACAGAGUAGGUGGACAGCAAUCUGGUUCCCCCACUGCAACAACUUUGCCUUCAUGACUAUAAUCUAUAUCUGAGCAAUGAAAGCCACCCCUUCCCCUUCCCUGGCUGGCUUGAGGACCCACUAGUAUUCCUGAGUAUCUCCCAGCUCUACCUGCUUCUAAUGAUAGAGAAAGAUAACCAAGAUUUCUGUACAUUUGAAGGCUGCUGGAAGAUUCAGGGUUCAUUUUAGAAGAGAGAGUUGUCUCAGACACCACUUUGAGAAAUUAGACCUCUUUCCUAUUUUCAUAUAUCUCAAUUAAAACUCAAUAUUUCAUGAAACAUUUGGUUGUAUUAAAAUGGCACUCUUAUGGUAUCAGUUGAUUAAAAAUAAAAAGAAAGCAAAAGCCUAGGA